UCAAUUGUCAGUUGAUGUCAGUUGUCAGUUGAUGUCAGUUGUCAUCUGUGUAUUAAUUUGGUAGUGUGUAUUAUUAUAUCGAAAUUUAAUUAUUUAUUUUUGUAUUUGUUUUUCAAAUAUCUCGAAUACUAUUGAAGUUGUUAGAAAGACGUUAAUAUAAUGUUGGUAUUUAAAAUAUUGUCAUAUCGCACAGUGGAAGCUAGUGAAAAUGAGAAAAAAUUUGUAACAUACUUACUUGAAGUGAGGCAAAAUAGCAAAGAAUUUGAUAAUGACCCAGUGUGUGUGGAACGUCGGUAUACGCACUUCCUAGAUCUCUACAAUGGUUUAAAGAAAGAACAUCCAGAUUUGCUGAACAAUGUGUCUUUCCCAAGAAAGAUGGUGAUGGGUAAUUUUGAUCCUGAACAAAUAUCGGCGAGGUGUAUUGCAUUCGAAAAGCUGCUCAAAUUGGUUUCAAGUGAUUACCGACUGAGGGAUUGCCCAGCCGCUAUUGCAUUUUUUCAAGAUAUUGAGUUAAAUGAAGCAAGAAAACUUAUUAAUGGACCUGUCAAAGAAUCCACGGAAAAUGAGCAUGAUUGUAAACUUGAUGUAGCCCUUUCGGUGUUGGAGACUAGUUUCAAAUUGUUGAACAAGGUGUACACGGGCCGGUCGCGCGUGGUGCUGGGCGCGUUGUGCCGCAUCGUGGCGUGCGCGGGGCUCAGCGGCGCCGCGCUGGCGGGCCCGGUGGAGCGCUGGGCGCAGCUCGCGCUCGCGCGGUACGAGACCGUCAGCGACUUCGACUUGUUAGUCUUGUACGUGCCGCUCUUGCACACUUGUAUUUCUAUAUGGGAGACACUAGGUAGAGACAAAUCAAAGUUAGUUGAAGAAUUAAACAAUCUACGCAAAAGAGGAAUGAAGGUGGACUCGGUGCCAAGUUUGAUGGAGGCAGUGGACGGCCUGAGCAUCGCCACUCAAUGAAACUGGUUAACCACCACACUGACAAUGGUCUUAUUUCGAUAAUCAUUAUAUAAAAGUGGAAUUACCAAUGAUAUUUACGUAUUGAAAGUAUCUGAACACCUCAAAAAUUGACACGAACGUGUAGUACAUUUCUACAUAUAAGGUAGGUACAUGUUUAUACAUAUAUAUAAUUAUGUAUUUAACACACUAGGAGAAUUGAUAGAAACAGGGAAAAUUUAGGUUCUCAACAUAUCAAUCAAUGUAUAUGCCGCGAUAUAAUAAAUUGUAAUUUGACGCAUGGGUUAUCUUCGCUUGUCGCCUAUGACUAAUUGGUUUACACAAUAUUCAGUGUAUUCUCCCAUACUAUCUACAGCAAUACAUAUUUAUUUUUUCGCACUAAAAACUUCGAUGUACAUCGCACGGUAAAGGAUUGGAUUUUUAAGGAAAUGACACAUAGAUAUGAAUCAUAUCUAAGGUCUAAUCAAUGCUAAUUAUUAACUUGCGAUUUUUAGCUUCGAAACCUCAAGUAUUUCACGUAGUGUAGAGAAUUAGAAUCUAGUGUGAUGACGUAGCAGGAGGCUGUGGUGAGGUAACCAGAAGUAAAUAUCAUUGGAAAUAACAUUUAGAUGUUGACUGUAGCAAACAUUGGUUUGUAAUGUUUUCAAAAGUACCAAAUAUAUAUUAUUAGAAUUGUAAGUACCAUUAUUAGUGGCUUAUUAAUCUCAUUAGAGAUAAGUUUGUAUAUUAUGCAAUUAUUGUUAAAUUUAAAUAUGAUACAUUAUGUCAAAAAACAUUUUAUUAUGCAUUUUGUCGAUAUAUUUAUUGACAUGCAACAUUAUUAGUAUUUCUCGAAAAGGUUUUUGUUUAAUUAAUUUGCGAAUAAUUUAUCACUGGCGGUUUUUCCGUGCAGCUUGUAAGGCCAGCUCAUUUAUUUGAUAUUAUUUAUACAAUAUAAUAAUACAUAAUUGUAAUCUUUUUUUGGUUAGUCAUAAGUGUAACAUGGUGACAAAGUUUAUUGUCAAACAGGCGAUAGGUUGACUAAAGGCCGUAUGAAACCAGAAAUCGUAUAUGGGGAUUGAUUUCUACCAAGAAUUUUUCACUUCAAACAUUUUUGUUUCCGCUGUUGUAUGGUCGAGAUGACAGGAAAUACGAUAUAAUGGCAAUCUAAAUGGGAUUUCCCUUAUUCAUAGUCCUUCAUUGGCCACUCUAAUGAGUCGUUUACUAUGACUAAGGGAAGUGGGUAUUCAUACAUGCAGAUGUUUCUGUAUAAAAUUUUGGCAACAUUAAACUUAUUGAUUUCUAAAACCAUUAACGGAGACAUGUAAUAUUAUCUUUAAUAUAUUUUCUUUAUAAGUGUAGCUAUUGUCUAACCCGAUUAGAACAUGUAAUACAUACGUGUACGAAAUCAAUAUUAAAAUAAUAUGUAUAUUACUUAUUAUAUUGUAUACUCUUGUGUAAUAAGUUUACAGUAGUCGCCAUUAUCGCUGUCACACACGACGUGCGUUACAACACUAAGUUUACAUUUUAUAUGCGUAACCAUUUUGUAAUUGAUAACAUGCUGUGAAUGUAAACACUGUUGUAUCACAUAUUAUAUAAAAUAACAUAGUACUGGAGUUAUGCCAGCAUAAUAUAUUAUGUAAUUACACCUGGGGACACCGCAGCGCCUCCGCCGACACGAGUUAAAGGUAAAACAGCACGCUACCUUUUCCACGAGUGUUUCGUCGUAUUUUACAAGAUCAGUAUAUCGUGCCGUAUAGGUUAGUAGUAUUAUCGAACAAAUAUAGAUCUCAGAUUUAUUCAGUACCGAUUUAGCUCUUAUAAUGUCCAAAAAACGCGAUUCGUAAAGGCCUACGCACACCGGGACGGAAUACUAGCCGUUUAGAUACCUCGCGACGUGCCGCCUUCUUCCAUGGUGUGACCAAAAACACGUCUUGGUCUCUCCAAAUGGAUACAAGACGUGUUUUUGACGUGACGGCGUCACGGCGUCCUUCGGCUUGCCGUUGCAUACCGCAGUGCGCUGCGGCAUCCCGGCGCGGGAUCCCUUAGCGCGCUCCAAUGCCGUGGCAAGAAUUCUUACUAGAUAAGUUUGAAGUCUUUGGUAAAACAUUAAAUCCUCUGCCGUUCCGUCCCGGUGUGUGUAGGCCUUAAGUCGAUGACGUUUAAUUUUGAUGUUUGUGAUUGAUCGAGAGACCAAUGCGUCAGUCACGUGUUACUCUCUCAAGCAAUCACAAUAAAACGACACGGAGUCAUAUGUUUUGACAUGUUCUAAGCACACCGAUUUACAGUAUAUAAAUAAGAAUGACAAAACACUGUCUAUAAUUAAUUGCAGCAUUAAAAAAAAUUAAUGGAUUUAAUGUUAAACGAGACAUUAGCAAUAAAUGUCUAUUCUGUAUACUGUGGUUCCGGUUUAUAGUCUUGUUUUUAUCAAACGUUAGGUCCAAUUAUGAAACAUGCGUAAGCAGCUAUUAUAUUUGCUUCGAUGUUAGAACGUGUUAAUUUAAUUACCACGUAAGAAGAUUAUUGUUAUGGCUUUGCGUAGUAUUUAUGUGAAUCUCAAAUAUUAAAAAUAUUAUAGUUAUCAUGAUGUAUUUAACAUUAGAAUAUUUUCAUUAUGCCACGGAACGAGUAUUGCCAAAAUGCACCAAUUGCUUUCAAAGAUCCUUUUUGGUGUGUUAUUUAUUCGAGCUAGAUUUUUUUAUGUAUAAAAAAAUGUGUGAAUUGGUUCACAUAUACUUAUAGUGCCAUGUAUCAAUAAAUUUUGGCGUGUUUUGCUGAUUUGGAUUAAUUGCGUGUUAAAUAUUAAUAACUUAUUUUUGGAUAAUUGGUGGCUUGGUACAUUUGGCAUAACUAGGUCAAAUUCUAAAGAUAAAAAGUGGUAUAGAAACCUUACCUAGAUCAGUUGGUGUCAUAAAUAAAUAACUUGUAGAGAAUAACCCGUUCGUAUAUUUGUAGACGAAUAGAAUGAUAAUAUCGAAAUAUUGCAAACAUAGGUUGCUAACUUAAAAUGUCAAUUUAAUCGCUACAGGUAUCGAUAUUAAGAAUAAUUAGACAUUAAAAUUAUCGUCACACGAUAUCCUAAAAUUGUAAUAUCAUUUCACCGUUCAAAAUUUAAAACUAUGUUUGCUAGUCUCAAUCAUAAGUAUUUAUUUUUUAAUUGGUAUUUAAUUUCAAAUUGUGAUAUGUUUUAUCUAUCGUGAUAUUUUCGAAUAAUGUAGAUGUUUCAUGUAAUAUGUAAGACUAAGUCUUUAUGAUAUUCAUGCAUAAUGGCUUAAAAAAACUUUUUAGAGAUAUUGACUAAUUUGUUAGAAGCGGUAAAUCCGCCAUACAUUCGCAAUUUAACUUUGCCGGCAAAAAAGUUAAUUAUGAUAUACGUAGCUAGUAAUAUAUCGAACGACUAAAGAACGGCAGGAAGUGUAAAGCGAAAGUGAAGUAACUUCAGCUUGGUGAAGUUAUGCGUCGUGUACUGCACCUAUAAUUGAAGGCAUAAUAUUGUUAAUUAAAAUUAGUGACAGUAAAUGAAUAAAUCAUAAAUAUCAUUUGAUAUAGAAAUCUGCCUCAAAUCUUCCAAUUAGACUUUAGAGUUGCUGUGUCAUCAAAAAGGUUCAAUGUUUGCUCGUAGAAUGAUUUGUAUUUAAUACGAUUGAAUACUUAUAGAAUGUAGUCAAUUUAUAUUUAACACUAGAUCCAUACAAUAUUGUUUAAAUAUAGCUAAUAUUAAGUUGACUGACAUUUAUACAUUUGUAGUAAUAUUAUACAAAUUAAAAAUACAUAUUAACCCAAAAUUUAUUCA